UCGACCGUCGCGUCGCGAGGAUCGGUCGUUUUGUUUGUUCCGUGUUUCACGUUAACCUCCUAUUAUCCCUUUUGGCAGUUAUUUUCCUUUUUUCUUUUCCUGAUUCGACGACACGGUUCGAAACGUGUCUACGAUCGAUCACGUAUAUAAAGCGACUUACGGUUAACUUUUCUUAUGGAAAGUGAACGCUUUGCGUGUCGUUUAUAUUAGUAAUAAGUCGAGAGAAGACUGUAAUAAAGUUAUUUUGCGAGUUUGUGAACAUUUUCCUUCUCUCUCUCUCUCUCUCUCUCUCUUUCUCUGUGAUCAGAAAGAGACUACGUGAAUGAUUACAAAUGUUGUAAACAGAGAAGAAAAAAAUAUAAGCAUUUUACGUUAGAGUGUUGUUAUGUUGUUAUAGUUCGAAUAGGAAAGACGCAAAGACGUGUAUGAAAAAGAUUGAUCGACUACGACAACGAAGAACGACGACGACACAACGCAACAACAAAUCCUCGGUAUUUCUCGGUAAAAAUCGCGAUCGAUCGGAUAACGUCGUAACGAACGUUCCUCGUUUUUUUUUUUUUUUUCGAGGAUGCCGAGUGUAACGUACCGUCGCGAAAGCCGGCGAAACAGAUCGAUCGGAUUAUGAGCCGUCCAAAAAUUCUGGACUCAAAAGAUAACGAUGGAAAUCCCGUUAAUCGACCGAUCGAAGCGGUCGAUCGUUUUACGUCGUAGGAGUGUACAUUGUCCUACGCGUUGGUAGAAGAGAAAGAAGAAAGAAAAGAAGAUAGAAGAGUAGUUACGAAGGACGAAAAGGCUCGCUCGACGUCUACCGCUAGUUCCUUGACCCUUUCGUUCUUUCUUCGUAUUACACGGGAAGAAGAAGAAGAAGAAGAAGAAGAAGAAGUAUAGAAAGGGAGAAAGAGAUAAAAGAGUGUUCGCGAAAGUUUGUUCCUCUUAUUUUUUUUUUUUUUUAAUUUUUUUUUUUUAUUGGUUUCGAACUGUCGUGUACCUUGUGCUUUUUUUGUUGACCUUCAAUUUAGAAUUUUGUGGUGCGAUCUGUGAGAUUGUUUAUUAUCAUCAGUAUCAUUAUUACUAUUAUUAUUAUUAUUAUUAUUAUUAUUAUUAUUAUUAUUAUUAUUAUUAUUAUUAAUAUUAUUGGUUCCUUUUUUCUUUUUUUUUUUUUUCUUUCUUUCUUUGUUACUCUCUCGACGAUAAUGUGCGUAUGAUAUCGAGCGUCGAGCUUACAUCUGGAAAUUAUUAUUUGUUGGAAAGACGUGAACGUCGUCGUCACCAAUAAAAAGACCCUAUUGGAUACCAUCGAAGAUGCCGUGCGUCGGGACGACGACGCCGUUCCUCAUCCUCACGAUAUUCGCUCUAACAGCGAAAGGGCAACUACGAUCGCCACGGAUAACGGAACAUCCAUCGGACAUAAUCGUGGCAAAGCACGAGCCGGUGACGUUGAACUGCAAGGCCGAGGGUAAACCGGAUCCCGUGAUAGAAUGGUAUAAGGAUGGCGAGCUCGUGCAGACGUCACCAGGGGACGCCAAGUCCCACCGGGUGAUUCUUCCCACGGGAUCCCUCUUCUUUCUUCGAGUUAUGAACGGGAAGAAGGAACAGGACGGUGGUGUUUAUUGGUGCGUCGCAAGGAAUCAGGCUGGCUCGGUACCUAGCAGAAAUGCCACCCUCACUGUAGCUGUACUACGAGACGAGUUUCGGACAGAACCACAGAACACAAGGGUGGCUGCUGGAGAAACCGCCAUGCUAGAAUGCGGACCACCCAGAGGUCAUCCGGAACCAACCCUCCAUUGGAAGCGGAACGGUCACGUUAUAGACUUGGAAAGCAACAAACGAAUUACUCUUGUCGACGGUGGAAACUUGUUGAUCUCCGACGUAAGGCAGACGGAUCAAGGAAAGUAUCAAUGCAUUGCCGAAAACAUGGUCGGAGUUAAGGAAUCAGCGAUUGCGUCGCUCACUGUAUAUGUGAAACCAUACUUCAGCGCCAUACCAAGCAACCAAACUAUUCUGACGGAUCAAACCGCAGAAUUUGCUUGUCGAGUGGGUGGCGAUCCACAACCAGAUAUCUUAUGGCGUCGUAACGAUGGAAAGAUGCCGAUUGGCCGAGCUCACAUUUUGGAUGACAAAAGUUUGCGCAUCGAGAGGGUAAUACCCGAGGAUCAGGGAACGUAUAUAUGCGACGCGGAGAACGAAGUCGGCGCUAUUUCGGCGAGUGCGGUACUCACCGUUCAUUCGAAGCCGGUGUUCGUGAACUUUCCGAAAGACGAAACGGUUAGUACCGGAUCGGAUGUAUCUUUUUCGUGUUCCGCUCGUGGUUCUCCGAAGCCAUCGAUAUUUUGGACCCGUGAGGGCUCUCAGGAGCUGAUGUUUCCGGGAAACACUUAUCAGAGUAGAUACACGGUCACUCAGGACGAAAGUUUGCGCAUAAAAGGUGUGAUAAGGAAAGACGAGGGCCAUUACGUGUGCAGUGCCAUAAGCCAAGCUGGUGCAAGUACGGCGACUGUCUUCCUUCAGGUGAUGUCUGCCGAAGACAUACCACCUCCGAUAAUCGAGUUGGGCCCAGCAAAUCAAACGCUUCCUGUCAAAAGCGUUGCUACGUUACCUUGUCGUGCUGUUGGUACUCCAACCCCAAAGGUACACUGGCACAAGGACGGUGUUCUCAUCCAACUAGGAAAUCGUAUCACAAUGGCUAACAAUGGAACUUUAUUCAUCGAUGACCUUCAAAUGAGUGACUCCGGAUUAUAUACGUGUAUUGCGAGCUCAGAAUCCGGUAACACAUCUUGGUCUGCCACAUUGACGGUCAGCACGACGACGACCUUUCACAGAACUCCGGAAAUAUCGGCAUUGCCCCAGAGCCCGAGCAAACCUAGAAUCAUAAACGCUACUAGUAACUCGGUUACUCUGACGUGGAGUCCUGGCAACGAGGGCCAAAGCAAAAUCAUUGGUUAUAACAUCGAGUAUUUCAGUAGCAAUCUGAAUACUGGUUGGGUCGUUGCAGCUACCGGUGUCAUCGACGAUACCUACACCGUAACGGAUUUAAAGCCCGACACCAACUAUGUGUUCCUCGUGCGUGCCGAGAAUAGUCACGGCUUGUCGCUUCCUGGACCGUUGUCCGAUGUCGCUCACACGAGCAGCCUUGAUCAACGGACGGUACCACAGAUAGAAUUGAUUCGCGCGAGGGAUCGGCUUAACAGCGAAAUACUGCACUUGAAGGAAGUCCAACCGUUGAGCAGUACCAGCGUUAAAAUUAUGUGGGACAUACUUGGUGCAGCUGAUUUAGUCGAGGGUCUUUAUAUACGAUACCGUGAGCUCACCGAGAAGCCAGAAUAUCGUAUGGUAACUGUAUUCAACGCCGGUGCAACUAGUUACGUUCUAACCAAUUUGGAGAAGUACACGAGGUACGAGUUCUUCCUCGUGCCAUUCUACAAAACUAUAGAAGGGAGACCUAGCAAUGUAAAAUUGACUACAACUUUGGAGGAUAUACCGUCUAGUGCGCCGGAAAACGUUCACGUCGGUAUGAUCAAUAUGACUUCGGCGUUUGUACGAUGGUCACCGCCACCGAAAAAUGCACAGAAUGGACAAUUGAUAGGAUACAAAAUUCAAAUAAAGAGCAACAGCAGCAAUAAGAUCUUGGGUCAAAUGUCACUAAACGCUUCUACCACAUCAGUCGUGAUCAACAGUCUCUCGAUGGGUGGACUUUACACAGCACGCGUAGCUGGCUUAACGCGCAUUGGAUUAGGUCCUUUCUCCAAUCCGACUCUCCUGAACAUGGAUCCAGGUCAAUUGACGCAACUUCCACCUCGAACAGAUCCGAGUCACGGCAGCGUCUCCAUCGUACGAGAAACUUGGUUCCUGAUACUCGUAAUUACGAUGGUCUUCACAGUCGUGGCUGCUCUCUUGGGUGCUCUUUAUGUGAGACGCAGACAGGCGAUGAGCAAACAAUUAGGUCAUUUAAACGUUCCGGUGAGUACGGCAAAUGACAUAUGUCAGCUGAAUAAGGACACUUUGUGGUUGGAACGUGGCUGGAGACCGUCGAACACUCUUCAGGGUCCCACCGAUAAGGAGUGCGAAACCAAGUUGUUAAAUAAUCAGCAGAUGCUUGCCCCGGGGAUUGUCAGCAUGUCUGGAUCGGAGUACGCCGAGGUCAACUUAACCACGUUUUACAAUUCGAGAAAACAAUUGCAAGCACCACCCGAACCGUACGCUACUACCACGUUGUGCGUUGGCAGUCGAAGUCCGGACUCGAUGGAAACCAGCGGACAGAAAUCAAAUUCUAGCGAUUCCUGCAUGAAACCUGACUACUCCAGUUUGGAUUCGAAUCAAGAACACAACAAAUCGACGAUGUCACCCAGCAGCGACAACACUAGCAGCGUGUAUACCGAUGAGAACGCGGAUAUACAAAGAAGACCACAGUAUAAAAUACCCAUAUCAAACAAUCCCCAAAGUGCUGUAAGCACAAGCGGCACGGCAAUGCCCAACUGGUGCGACAUGAUGCCACCUCCGCCGGAACACCCACCGCCUUCGGGAACGUUAUUGUCCGGAAGAAUGCAGCAACAACAGCAACAGCAACAGCAACAACAACAACAACAACAGUCGCAACAACAACAGCAGCAACACCAUCAACAGCAAGUUUCGUUCAGUCCUCACUUAGGCAAGAGGAACAUACAGAAUGACUUGGACGGUUCUGGAUCGUGCAAUUCGCAGAGUCCACCAACACCACCUAUCAGAGCAGGCAACAGUUUCAGUUCCUCACCGACACCUUGGACUGGACAACCUCCGCACGACAUGGCUGCUUACGCGAACAUGCAACAAAGUGGUAGAUACACCACGCUUCCACCGCAAACUAAUCCACCCCCGGUACCCUGUUUCCCUCAAGGCUUCAAUCACUACGAUUACAAAACUCAAGAGAACGAGUACGAAAGUGGCUCUGUGAUUUACGGCCAUCACAAUGGCCUUCCCGACAACUAUAGAAAUCACGACAACGCUUUCAGCCGUAUAAACCACGCGAAUCCUCAUAUAGAACAUUCGGUCGCCAUGAGCGACGAUAUUUACAGACGCAACGAUGCGAUAUUCCGUGGUGAAGAUCUCUAUCAGCAGGACAAUGACGAAUGGGAUAGAAAAUCCUGUGACUCCAACACCCACUCGGACAUGUGUUGCUCCUGCUCCGAGUCUAGCUGUCUCUAUGCAGAUACGAUCGAGUAUAACAAUCAAUUCGCGCAAUCCGGAUGUGUUCACAGUAGAAGCGACUCAAGAAGUAGGGACAACAAGAGCCCACGUAGGAGAAACAACAGAGCUUCAUCUCCUGCUUACAGCAGCGACAGUAAUUACUCUUGUAUUCCACAAAGGCAAUGUGGAAGCAUCGGCUCGCAGGAGAGAUCGAGGCAUAAUCGUUGCAAAGACAAAGUGCCUAGCUUCUCCAGGACAGGUAGUUAUCCCCAGCACAGUUCUUCAGCAUCCAAUACGAUGAGCAGCUCCGGAAGUCAGAGAUACAAUAAACUCAACAGUCUCCUCGCGAGUGCAAAUAAUCCAACGGGAGUCUCGGAAUCUAGUCGCCCUUGCGAUCAUCGCGACAGCUAAGUACGAAAGAUAGGAAGAAAGAAAAGCUAUAAAAGUGAGCCUUGACCAACGAGCGAUUGUGGUCGAAGGGACAUUUUGUCUGGCACGUAUCAAAAGUGUGAAGACUCGUGAACGAACGAACGAAUGAACGAACGAAUAAACGAACGAACGAACGAACGAACGAAGGGACGUUUCGUUUAAAAGAGAAAAAAGAAAUGGAAAAAGUAAUAAUAAAUAAAAAGAUAUAGGAAACGAUCUUACCGACGGAGCGUUUCAAAAGGAAAGAACAAAAUGUGGAAGAAGAAAAAAAACACAAAACAAAAAAAAACAAAACAAAAAGAACAAAAGAAAAUUGAACUUGUGAUGUACAUUAUCGUGUUGGUUAUCAGUAAUAAGAUGAGAAAGGGGAGGAGGGCUUUCAAAUCUAAAUUACUUGUACAAAGUCCAAGAAUUUAUGGCUUUUCUCUUUGAGAGGAGAAAGAGAAAGACCAACGAAAACAAGACGCGGAUCGAUGACGAUAAUGCAUUUAUUAAGUAUCCUAAUUCGUUUGUCGUGUAUUUUAAGGCAUUUCAUUAGAAAGAUCUUCCCAUCCAAUCGAUGAAAGGGGAAGAUAAGCGAGAGAAGACAAUGUGUAAAAGAGAGAAGAAGAAGAAGAAGAAGAAGAAGAAGGAGAAGAGGAAGAGAAGAAAAACAAAAGACAAUGGUGGAGCGAGGCCAACUUCCGAGCAAUAUAUAAAUAGUAAAGUUUUUCUCGAUACGGCCGCUAUUUGCAGGCUGGGAACGUGAGAGUAAUCGACAAUCGGUCCGCUCGAGUUCGAGGAUAGUAGUAUAGCUGAUAAACGAAUGGUGAACGGCUCAUUUGAGUUUUCGCUAGUUCUCAGCUCUGUAGAGUAUCUCGAAAAUACGGAGAGAAAACUUUUCGAAAGAGUUCAAUGAGAGUUCCACGUCGAAUCACGCCGAUCUUUACCAAGCAAACCACGCUCUUAACUACGCUCUUAAACGCAAGGUAAAAGCGUUUAAAAGAAACACCAUUUUGAGUUAAAAAGUAUUCUAGAAAAUCUAAUGAGGCUCUCUUGGUCUAUCUACCGAGUAAUUUCGUUAAGAUUAUCCAAAAUGGCCGAACUCGAGCUGGCGCGAAAUUCAAAUACUUGAUGUUUACGUUGUCCGGUCGGAUGAAAGUGGUAGUACGAUUAUCAUACGAUUAUUAUUAUUAUUAUUAUUAUUAAUAUUAAUAUUAAUAUUAUUAUUAUUUUUUAUUAUUAUUUUUUUUAUUUUUAUUAUUACUAUUAUUACUAUUAUUAUUAUUAUUAUUGUCAUCAUCAUCAUCAUUAUCAUUAUCUCAUUAUUAUUAUUAUUAUUAUUAUUAUUAUUAUUAUUAUUAUCAUUAUUAUUAUUAUUAUUAUCAUUAUUAUUAUUAUUAUUAUAAAAAAUUUACAUACGAGAAAAUGUUCCAAGCGCGUCUUACGUUCUAAUACGAUAUUCUCGUACGAAGAAAGAUUUUUUAAUAGAUCGAUAAAGUAAGACGUGGCACUUAUUUUCGAGAGCUUGUACAUUCUUGCCACGACAAAUAACGAAUACAUAUUAUUUUGGAUAUGAUGUUCCUAAAGUCAUAAGGGGAUUUAAAAAAGAAAAGAAAGAAAGAAAGAGAAGAAAAAGGAGAAGAAAAAGAAUUUGAAAAAUCUUUAUCUUACUAAGGAAAACGGAAUAUUUCCGCGGUGGUGUAUUAAUUAAUGAAUUAAUUGAUAAUUCUUCCAAGAGAGCGAUACGACUCGCGCUCGCGCGCGUGCACGCACACGCAUACGCAUAUGCAUACUUAUAUGCAUAUGUAUAAACAUAAAACAUAUACAUAAACACAUACACAUACGUACCAAUAUAUGCAAACACGAAAACGGACUGUUUAAGCACGCAAAAGAAGAGAAAGUGACGACUAUUUGUUUAUUAGGCACUUCUAUGCACGAAACGAAAAACAUGUCUGACGAACGAAUGACAAACGAUUCGACUGACUAAAUAACGCUAUAUAAUAUAUAUAUAUAUAUACAAUAUAAAUAAAUAAAUAAAUAUAUAUAUAUAUAUAGUAUCGGAAUAGUAACGAAAAUGUAAGAUGUAAGUAUUAUCAUAUCAAACUUUUGUAUACACUGUACAAAGCUCUUUAAAAACGAGAUUUAGUCAUUAGUUUUUAAUUUACGACACGUCAUUAAUUUAUACCUGUAUACAUCGUAGUUGUUAAGGGAUACCAGGGAUCUUAAAUAAUCAUAUACAUAUAACGCUAUGAAACCUGCAUACACGAAGAAUGAACAUGAGUCCGAUGACAGAUGAUAAAGUGAUAGGGGACGAAUGUCUUUAAAAGAAACGAAAUAGUGCGACGAACAAUGAAUCGUUGGAAGUGUACCUGCGUUUUAAAGAAAAAAGAGAAAAAGGAAAGAAAAAAAAAAAACAGAAAAAAAUGAUGAAAGAAAGAAAGAAAGAAAGAAAGAAAGUGAAUUGCAUUUUGCGUACCUCGCAUUUUACUCGCUGGACACUCCCUUUUCAAAGUUUUCCAAUCGGCCGACUUGAUGAUUCACUAUAUCAAAAUAAAGAGGAAUAUUUCAUUUUUCUUUUUUUCAUGUGUAGAUGGAAAAAUGUAGAUCUUCGUGCGGGCAUAUCUGUUUUUAUGAAAUUUUAUUCCACGAAGACUGAACAUCAUCGAGUUAUGGGAGACAGUGCGAGAUUAAUAUAAUAUUAUUUCUUGUUUCUUUUUUCUUACAAACCACCGAAACGUAAUUUUGUCGAAUGUAAGGAAAAAAAAAAAAGAAAAAAAAGGGGGAAAAGAAAAAAUCACCUUGUCACCUUUCGUAAGCCCUUCCAUCGUCAUUAUCAUCAUCUACAUCAUCAUUAUCAUCAUCAACGUUAAAACGUAUAUUUUAAACCGUUCUAAUUAACCGGAAAUUUAAUGAAAUCUGAAAGGAUGUGUGUUGUUCUAGAUAAGAAUCGAAAAAAUAAAUAAAUAAAUAAAUAAAUAAAAGUAAAUAAAUAAAUAAAUCUCGCGAUUAACUAGGAUUUAAUGCGAUCUUCGUAUAGGAAUACUGGAUUACGAUUAGAUAAUACGAAGCGCCAUAAUGAAUUACUGUCACAUGGAAAAUACCGCUACGUAUGAACUUCACUACGAUAGGAAAAAAAGAAAAAACGAAGAAGAUAAGGAAGAAAAGAAAAAGGAUGAAAAAGAAGGAAGGAAGGAAGGAAAGAAAGAAAGAAAGAAAGAAAGAAAGAAAAAGCUAUCAACGAAAUUGUGUGGUAUCCGUGCGAACAAAUAGGAAAGAAAGAAGAAAGAAAAUAGAAAAAGGAAGAACAGGAAGAAUCGAAAAGAAAAAUCGUUCAAUAAAGUCGCGUUAACGUAACGAGUUGAAUCUGUUAAUUCGGUAAGCCGAGAGUCUAGAGGGAAGAAAAAAAUAAAACUCCCAGUAGUGAUUAACGAUAUGAUAUAAACUUAGACGUUAGUUUAGUGACAUAAGCGGGGUUACCGAAUUUCGUUCGAUCGAUGAGAAAAAAAGAGGAAAAAAAAAGAAGAAAAAAUAGAAAAGAAAAAGAAACGAAUAUCGAAGUCGUCGAAAUUAACAAAAUUACAUCUACGUACACACGUCUACGUGUGAUUUUCUUUUUUCUUUUUUUCUCUUCCUAUUUUUCUUCGACGGAUCUAACGAAUUCGGGCUUCAAUAAAAAUAAUAAGCCUGCCUGUGUGUGUAUAUAUAUGUGUUAAUAAGGGCACGUUUACGCUGGUAGCACAUGUGCGCUCGCGAAUCUUUCGACCUGUCGCUCGUAAAACGAUUUUCAACGGGGCAAGGAAUGAAAAGAUAAGAAAGGGAAAAAAAGGCAAAAGAAAAGAAAAGAAAAGAAAAGAAAAAGAAAAGAAAAAGAAAGAAAGAAAUCAAAAAGAAGAAGAGGAGCAAGAAGGAGUUAUAUAGACAGACGGAUGAUCACGGUUCGCCGGUUCGAACCUGAUCCUCAAAAAUCGUCUCGAAAGAUCAAGAUUUGCUUUUUUGUUUUUUUCUCUUUCUUUCUUUCUUUCUUUCUUUUCUUUUCCUUUCUUUUUUGUGUUCUUUUUUUUUUUGUUUUUUUCUUUUAUCGACACGUCGCGAAAAUUUGCGCGCGAGCUUGUGCGAUCGUGCGCUCAUGUCCCAGUUGAAGAUUCAUUGAAGUCCAUCCAAAGGCGAGAUACGGAUUUAAAAUAAACAAAAAAGCGCGAAAAAGGAGAAGAUGAGAAAAACGAUUUUUCCACAUUUAAGGCACGUUCUUCUUCGUAACGAAAAAAAAGAAAAAAAAAAGAACGGGACACGGUAUAUCUAUGUACAGCGAGAAUUGUGUAUAUUGCAGGCACGCGCUAAUCUUUUUCUUUUUCUUUUUUCAUUUUCUUUUUUUUCUAUUCCCAGUAUCUCCCGACAAGCAUGCUUUACAAUAUGAAACAAGGAAAGAAUAAUAAUGAUGGUAAUAAAAAAGAAAAAAAAACAAAGGGGGAUUAUUUUAGACUGAUAUUUACCUAAAGGGACGACUGACUUGCAUUUUCUGUUUUUUUUUUUUUUCUUUUUUCUUUGCGAGAUUCUCAUUAAAAGGAUAUUUCUUAUUUAGUCGAGGAUUCGAUUUUUCUUUCUUUUUUUUUUAUAUCAAAUUAUUUUUUAUCCUUACAAAUCGCGUUCACGUCGAGAUUUUCUUCCCCUUUUUCUUUUUUUUUUCUCAUUUCCUAACACGCACAUGAUAUACGUUUUCUUUUAGAUUAUUAUUAUCGGCGACAAAGUACGGUAAUAAUUUUAUUGAAAUUUUCUUUCAACGACGAUUAACUUUUCUUUUUUUUUUUUUUUUUCUUUGACACGAUUAUAAUACCUUAUGCAAACGUUACACCGACAUGAACGCUGAGCGAAAAGAUACGCGUUAAAAAAUUCGAUAAAAUCAAGAAUUCCGGACGUAAUUAAACGCAAUAUUGUGAUGAGAAAGAAAAAGAAAAGAGAAGGAAAAAAAGAAGAAAGGAAAGAACACGGUUAUUAUUUUUACGAUCCCUCGUCCUCGUAACGGCGGUAUUUUAAUGAAAUUAGAAUAAUGGAAAAUAGUUCACGGGAUAUGUUUGAAGGAAAAUAAAAACAAAACUCGCGUAAUUAUUUGUAAUAGCUUUUAAAAGUAUACAAUGUAUGUACGAACAAACGAAAAUACACGAUUACACGUGUGUAUUUAUCUAUCUCUUUCUUUCUCAUUUCUUUCUCUCUCUCUCUCUCUCUCUCAAUCUCUCUCGUUCGUUCGGAUACUCACUUUCUUCUUAAAAGAAAGAUUAAAAAAAAAAAAAAAGAAAAAGAAAAAUAAAUAAAUAAAAUAGAGAGACAGUCGGUUACAAAGGAAAAAGAAAAAAAAAAUUCGUAGCCAUUACAAAAAAGAAUUGUAUAAUCCACAUUUAUUAAAAAAAAAAAAAAAAAGAGAAAAAAGAAAGAUAAAAUAGAAACGUCCAGCCAAAACUUCUUCGUCGCCGUUGCAAAAUGUUCUUGUAACUUUGACCCGUGAGACGUGAAGACCAUCCUCGCAUAAUUAUUAUCUUAAUUUUUUUUUUUUUGUUUUAUUCUUUCAUAUAUCGCUUUUGCUCUCUUGGUCGUACCUUUUUUUUUUGUUUUCUUUUUUUUUCUCUAUCUUAUUCUCUUUAUUCUUCUAUAAUCCUCGAUUAUCUUAUCAAGGCAUCGUCCCUGUUAUAAAUGGACCGAACGAAAUUCGUAUUCGACGUUUAAAGUUCAUAGGACUUUUGUAACGCGAGAAAUGGAAUAUAGUAAAGUAAGCUAAACCAUUAAAAACGUAGUAAUACCGUAGAGGAAGAAGAAGAAAAAAAAAGAGAAGAAAAGAAAAGUAAUUCAUAUCAUUAAUAUCGUAGAAACGGAAGAAGUUCUACGUUCGUUGAAUUUUUCGAAACCAGACAUAACUUGCGAUGCUAUUAUUAUUAUACUUAAGUUUUGUCUAUCGAUUAAGUUUUGCGAUUAAACGACGAAUGUAAAUAAAUGCUGAUUAGUAGAAUCCUCGUUGUAGCAGACUUUUUAAAAAAGAAAUGGAGAAAAAGGAAAGAAAAAAAAAGAAAGAAAGAAUGAAAGAAAGAAAAAAAGAAAAAAGAGAGGAGUUACGAACAAACUGCAUAACGAAACGAGAAAAAUAUUGUACGGCAAGUAUCGUCGUGUCGUCGUCGUCGUCGUCGUCGUCGUCGUCACGAUUAAAAUGUACGAUAAUUAACCUACUUCUACGAUUCAUUUUGCGAAUGAAUUUGAACGUAUUUAUGCGCAUACACGUAUACAUUUAUAACAGAAUUUUGUUAUUAACGUUAAUUCAUUCGUCGCUUUUGAUUUAACGGUACUAAUAAUACACGUCAGAGAUUUACUUAGAUGAUCGUCUAACGGUAAAAAUAAUAAUAACAUAAAAAAAAAUAGAAGAAAGAAUAAAGCGCGAGAAACGAGAUAAUAAUGGAAGGAGAGCAGGGACGAAAUUAAAAUGUUUUUUUUUUUUUUUUUUAUAUCCUUCUACAUUAUUAUGCGUAUAUAUAUGUUUCAAAUCGUCGCUACUACCACUACUACUACUACUCUACUACUACUACUACUACUACUACUGCAAUGAAGACUUUAUAUAACGAUGCAUGACGAUUUAUUUAUUAAUCUGCAUUCUUUCUUUUUAUUUUUCUUUUGUAAAUAACAUCAUCAAAAAGGAGGAAGCGAAAGUUUCUAAACUCGCAACAAUAAUUGUAUUUAUUAUAAAAUUAUCGACGUUUGUUAAUUUUACGAGACUGAACGAAGAAACAAAUCGUGUAUUUCGAUAGAGAAAAAAUAAAAAGAAAAGAAAAAAUGAAAUGAAAUGAAAUGAAAUAAAAUAAAAUGAAAUAAAUGAAAAUCGAACAACAAACCGAUGCGUACGUAUGAAUGCACGAUUGUUGAGAUUUUUGAAAAAAUCGCUGUUAAGUGAGAUCAUUUAAAACAAAUGAUAAACGUAUAUCGUUUUAUAACAUACCGAUAAUACGAAAUAAAAAUUAAGAUUAAAGAUAAUUCAUUUUGCAGACUUUAAUUCUUAUUUUUCUUUUAUUUUUAGCGCUCUCAUUUAAACUUUGAUUAAUAUUACUUACAUUUAUUUACAUUUAGUAGAAAGUUUACAAUAUAAAACACGACUGAUUGAUUUCUAACCUUCAUAUUUAAAAGUAAAUUAUCGUGGAAGAGCUAAUAUCCUUGUAUAAUGCAAUGAUCCUGCACGAAUACGAUACGUUUGAAUAACGCACAAGGAAUACAGUGUGAUAUCUUUAUUAUUUAGACUACAAACGAAUUAUAAUAUAUCCUAUGUGACUUAUGUAUUUAAUUGACAAAAGCACAAUCAUCAGAAUUAUUAAUAUCAACGUUAUCUUCUCCGAGUCAACUACUCGAGUGUGAUGUAAUAUAUUAAUUAUCUUAUAGUUUUAUUACCAUCUUGAUAUAAUUUGCAAAACUGAUAUUUUCUUUCGAAUGAAUUAAUUACAUUUUUUUUACAAUUAGAUCGAGAGACUGUGUUGUAACGAAAAAAAAAAAAAAAGAAAAAGAAGCUUAACCUUGUACUUAAAACCGUUGUAACAAUCGGUAUGAAAAUUUAAACUUAAUUUUUAGCCUACUUGCAACAUAAAACUGUUUAUAAUACAAAUAUAUAAAAAUAAUUUUAUUCACAUAGAAUGAAUCGUAUAUACAAGUAUUUGUAUACUUACAUUUAUUUUCAUAUUUAAAAUGUCUUGUUACAUAUAAACUGCCACCGUUCUUAAUUUUUCUUUAAUAGAAAGAAAUUUGCAUAAUGGAUAAAGUAAAUGAGUCUAUGGCACAUUUUCGUAUAAUUAACCACAUCCACCCUUUCCACAACAACUGCGCUUGGGUGGCCUAUAGCCUCGAGAACUGUCUCCCAUUAAUGGAUUAUACCCUGUAAAGAUGUAUAUAAAGAAUUUGCACAUAGGCCUAGUAAAUAUAUGAAUUACCGAAAUA